AUGGCAAGAUGGCUGACCAAAAAAUGUAUCACCACAAACACCAUCCCCGCCACCACCACAACCAUGAUCAGCAUCACCAUCCUCAUCAUCACCAGCAAAAGACAGAUUGGUCAGAAGAUCAGAAUGAUCAUGGAUGUUACCUCCCACCCUCAGGUUGCAGCCACCUCAUCCAGCUCCUCUGGUUCCUCAUCAUCAUCUUCAUCCUCUUCCUCCUCUUCCUCAACAUCAUCCUCUUCUUCCUCCUCGUCAUCCUCUGGCUCUUCCUCCACCUGGUCCUCUCAGACUAGUAUUAAUGAGUCCGUGAAGGAUAACAAACAUCCACUGCAGAAGCCCAAGUACUCACAGUCCUGCACUGACAUCUACAGGGGGCGGAAGGCCUAUGACGAGGAGGAAGAUGAGGAAGAUGACACAUCUCCUUUGAUUGAUGAUGAAGGCCACCUCCCAAGACAGGAAAAGAGCUUGAAAGAAAAAAAGAAAAAGAAAGCAAUGUCCUCUCAUCAGACCCCUGCCAACGUCAUCCUGAAGAAGCAGGAGAGUUCUGAAGGGGCAAGAAUGGCUGGCAAAUUUCGCAAGGCAAAGUCAAUGGAGGCACUGUCCCAUUGUAAGGACAGGGAUGGAGAUGCAGAUACCAUUGUAGACAAGGAGUUGGAGAAAAGAGAGCAGGUAGCCAAGAAGAACUUAGUGCAGGAAAAAUUGAAGUUCUCUGCCUUUUUGAACGAGAUCACCAGGCAGGUGUUCAGCCCGUACAGACUCACCUCUCUUGGGGUCACAGCUGCUCACAGGCCCAGCAGCCCCGGACAAGCCUCCCUGAGGUCCCCCAAGGUGGAACACAGAGGGGAGGAGAGGCAAAGACAAAAGAGUAGUCGGCCUGGCAGUGCAAGCUCUACGACCUUCAGUGUUCACUCCCAUAUCCGCAGGCAGUUCCGCUCCAGCAAGCACUCUCAUUCCAGCAAGCACUCUCGCUCCCAUCUCGACAUCCCUCCUGUCAUUCAACACCACACCACCAUCAUCACCAGCAUCGCUCCCAUUCUCCAUUUCACCACCAUCACCAUCACAGUCUUCAUAGUCCAUCUCAUCACCAUGGAGACCACCACAGCCCAAGCCAUCCCCAUCAUCAUGGAGAACAUCACAGCCCAACCAAUCACCAUGGAGACCACCACAGCCCAACGCAUCCCCAUCCCCAUGAAGACAACCACAGCCAAACUCAUCCUCAUGGAGAACACCACAGCCCAAGAAACCCCCAUCAACAUGGAGACCUCCACAGCCCAAGCCAUCCCCAUCGUCAUGGAGACCACCACAGCCCAAGCCAUCCCCAUUGUCAUGGAGAACAUCACAGCCCAACCCAUCACCAUGGAGACCACCACAGCCCAACUCAUCCCCAUCCCCAUGAAGACAACCACAGCCAAACUCAUCCUCAUGGAGAACACCACAGCCCAAGAAACCCCCAUCACCAUGGAGACCACCACAGCCCAACUCAUCCCCACCCCCAUGAAGACCACCACAGCCAAACUCAUCCUCAUAGAGAACACCACAGCCCAUGCCAUUCCCAUCACCAUGGAGAGCACCACAGCCCAACUCACCCCCACCACCAUGGAGACCACCACAGCCCAACCCAUCACCAUGGAAGCCACCACAGUCAAACUCAUCCCCAUAGAGACCACCACAGCCAAACUCAUCCCCAUGGAGACAACCACAGCCCAAGCCACCUCCAUCACCAUGGAGACCUCCAUACUCCCAGUCAUCCCCAUCACCAUGGACACCACCACAGCCCAACUCAUCCCCAUUACCAUGGAGACCAACACAGCCCAGCCCAUCACCAUCCCCAUGGAGACAGCCACACCCAAACUCAUACCGAUGGAGACCACCACAGCCCAACUUAUUCUCAUCACCAUGGAAACCACCAAAGCCCAAGCCAACCCCAUCACCAUGGAGACCAUCACAGUCCAACACAUCCCCAUCAACAGGGAGAUCACCUCAGUCCGAGUCAUUCCGAUCACCAUGGACAUCACCACAGCCCAACUCAUCCUCAUCACCAUGGAGACCACCACAGCCCAACUCAUCCCCAUCACCAUGGACACCACCACCAUCCUCUCCACCCAGAUUCUCACCGUCGCCAUGGCUCCCAUCCAGAAUUGCACCACCACCAUCAUCUAUUCUCUCCAUCUCCACAGCUCCCAUCCAGAAUAUCUCCAUCACCAUGGCUCCCAUCCAGAAUCUCUCCAUCACCACCAUAGUUCCCACCAAGAUUCUCACCAUCACCACCACCCCUCUCAUUCAGAAUCUCACCAUCCACACUCCCAUUCUGAACCCCAUCACAGUCCUAGCAACCUAGAACCUCAUCAUCACCACCAUCCUUCCCACCAUGAAUCCCAUCACCACCAACCUUCCCAUUCUGAAUCUCACCACCAUCCCUCCUCACCUGCAGACACACACCACCACCAUCAUCACCAUGACGAUCACCACAGCCCAUCAAGCCCUUCUAAGGAGAACUCUCCUGUCAGUGUGUCAGCUGCAGAGCUGGAGUCAUUGUCCCAUUCCAGCAAGUCUUCCAGGAAUACCACCAGCCCCACCAAUCAGGAUGAGCAGCAGACAGCCUACAGCGGCUCAACUGCCUCUCUACAUAAAGAAGGAUCCGAGGUUGAUCGAAUAAUGGUGCUUCAGGAGCAAAAUGAGGAUCUGCACCACAGUUUGCUCCAGACUGCCGUGCGAAUGGAGUGCAUGGGGACUGAGUUUAAGAGCAGUCACCAGCUCCUUGAGUCAGAACUACAGAACACACGCGUGGAGCUGAGUAGCCUCCUGGACAAAUUCAAAAGACUGAGGGAUAACUACUCCUACACUCAACAGACCAAUAAUCUCUUGGAGCGGAAGCUUCAUUCAGUGGCUCAGAGUAUGGACGGGGAGCGUGAGCAUCUGAACCAGCGCAUUACAGCCCUGACAGAUCAGCUGUCCUCAGCCAAGACCACCAUCCACAGCAUGGAGACUAUUAACGUAACAUCCUUGCUACAGGAAGCCCUCGACAAACAUUUCCACCCAGAUGAUUCUGUCAAUCAAUUCCUUCUCCCUGUUGCCUCCCCUCCAGUCCAAUUCAUGGAUAGUCAUCAUUAUGGAAAGGUCACCACCAAAGGGGAAGACCUAUCGCUGGGAACAUUGCCAGAAGAGGAGGAAUCUGAUUGGUCGGAGAUGGGGGAUGAGGCUCCAAAAUGCGUUCUGAGGUCAGUGGGAGGUCAUCAUGGUGGCACAGCGUUUCAACCGUGGAGACAGGAGCGUAUUUGCUGGGCAGGACAGGGAGAGGGAGACACAGAGAGUGAGUCAGGGGGUGAGGAGAUUGUCAGACAACACCCUCCCCACUCCCUACAGAUCCCCCAUCUCCAUGUCACCAUUCACUCUGAGACCUUACCAGCCCCCAUGGAUGAUGUCGCCCUCACCACCAGCUUCAAGAACUCAGCUUAUGGCCCAACAGAGGAGGACAGGUACAGGGUCACUGCGAGCCGCAAACUGGGCUCUCCCAUCCGCAUCCUGUCAGCCAGUCUGGAGGAGAUUCCCUCCUCCAGGAGACAGAAGCACAGGCAGGAGGAGCAGCAUGGCCAGCUGAAGGGCACAGAGGCCAUGAUGGACCUCCACCAACCAGAGGACGGUACCAUGGACGACUCAGAAGAUGAGAUCAUCCGGAACUGGAGGACAAGGAGCGAGGACAUGGGUGUGGAUGUCAGGGUGGUAGAUCCUGGCAGCAGCUUGGACAACCUGCAGUCGGCCCAAAAUAUGCUCAACCACUUUAUCUGCCAGCUGCAGCCCAGUGUGGAGGAGGGGCGGGGCUGGACCGGAGGGUCGCCGGACGAAGUGCUGAAUGGGGAGAGAACACAGCUGUGACACCUGAUCUCUUCGCCGAGACACAGAUGUGGACAGGUGUCGACUGGGUUGGUGGUUACUGAAGUAAGCAUGAUUUGGAUAACAUUAUUAGUAUUUUGAACAUAAAGCAACAGAAUUGACCACUUGAAUAAUAAUACUUUUAAUUAUUACAAUUUUCAUCUGAUUUCAAACGUUUUCAGGCCUAAAUAACAGGGCCCCAAAUAGUAUUCAUCAUUAAUAACAAGUAAGAUAAAGAAACUGUUUCAAACAUAGUGUUUUCCUCUUUUUGAAGAUAUUAAGUAAUUAACGCCUGCAAAGAGCUGUAAUGGCAAUCGGCCCAAGUUGAAGAUCCUCAGCUCCACAUUUUAAUAUUUGUGAUAUUUUUCUCGUUUCCUAAUCAAAGACAUGUCCUGAGGUCUUUUUUCCCCCCAGUAUGCAGGGAUUUGGCUUUGAUGUCCUCCAGAGGUAACAUCAAACAAAAAACAUGUGGCUUUGAUUUUCCCUGUUCCCUCACUCUGGGAAACCCUGUCCUAGGCUUCACUACUGUCUCAUCAUAGCAGAGCACAGCCGAAUCCCACCCUUGUCUCUGGAUUAUAUAAUAAUAGAUCCUUCCAGAACCUCUUGUGCAUAAUUCAUCCUAAUGGUUUGUGUUUUUCCCACCGUGCAUGUUAGAUAAGAAGAGGAGUGUUGCAUAGGAUUGAGGUCCUUUAGGUAAAGAUGUAAGAUGUGUUGAUAGACUUUGUUUAUCCUCAUAAAUUAAUCCACCUGUAGAUAUAGACAUAAUACCAGGUCUAACCUGUAUAGUGUAUAGUCAAAUAUUUAAUAUGGUACCGUAUAAAGAGUGUCCGUUGGACCGUCACUGUGGAUGGGAAACAAUGUAUUUUAAGUCAGGUUUUUAAUUGAUGGAGAUCAAAUGAAAACAGAAACAUUUGAUAUGGUUUUUAUGAUUUUUGCUGAUGGAUCUGUGUGGUCUGGUGUGAAUGGUUCCAACUGUUAGAUAGUUUCCUCCUUCCAUGGGGGAAAAAAAAUAUAUAUAUUUAUUCUUCUUGCAUGCAAACUAUGUUUAAUCUUGAAAAUAUUGAUGUUUAUGUACAUGCAAACUACAGUAUGUUCUAUAUUUUAAUAUUGAUGUCUGUGUACAUGCUGUAGUCUCCAUAUUGAUAGUAUGGCAAAAAAAACACAAGACAAAAUGUAAAUCUGAAUCACCAUUUCUCAUUGUGGUCACCAGAGGCAUGCAACAGUCAGUUUGAGAAAUGUAUGAUAUAAGCAAUGUUAUGCCACAUGAAAUGUCUGUUUUGUCCUGUGUAAGGGAUUUUCCUCUGGUAACCACAGUAAAAAAAAAAAAAAAACUGAGUGUACAAAACAUUAGGAACACCUUACUAAUAUUGAGUUUCACCUCCUUUAACCCUCAGAACAGCCUCAAUUCCUCAGGUCAUGGACUCUACAAGGUGUCGAAAGCGUUCCACAGGGAUGCUGGCCCAUGUUGACUCCAAUGUUUCAAAAUUCAAAAAGGCAGUCGCACAUCUGAGCAAUCUUUUUUGCAGGUGCAUGGUAUCAGUUGACUAAAAUGAGAAAAAAUAAGAAACCCGCACUCUGCUCUUUAAUAAGCUCAACGUUUGAGCAAAUGGUCAAGAAAUAUCGACUCCCAAAGCAGGACUUUUUCCGCUUCCUACAAGUAAGACAUUAUAUUCUGAAGAGCACCACCUUAAUUGGCAACCCUGAUAUGUCUGUCAUUGAACGAAUACCUUUUUUUUCCACAAAGGAAAAUGUCUGUAAGUCUGUUUUAUGAUGCUUUAAGGUCCUUUUCUGCUGUAGACACACAGAGGGCGAAACAAGUGUGGGAGAAAGAAUUGUCUGUUACUAUUGACAAAGAGAUGUGGGAGGACAUUUGGAAAUAUGCAAAAACAGUAUCUAUAUGUAAUCGUACUAGAGCAAUCCAAUUAAGUAUAAUACACAGACUGCAUGUAUCCCCAAAUCGCAGACAUGCUUUUAGCCCCACUUCCUCUUCCCCUCAGUGUCUUAAAUGUAAAACUGAUACAGGCACCCUAACACAUUGUUUAUGGUCAUGUACCAAAAUACAAAGAUACUGGUCUGGUGUUCUGCAAGAAAUUAAAAAGAUCUUAGGGGUUGAUCCAGAAUUGGACCCAGUUUCUUUACUGUUGGGUCUCCCUAGUAGGCAUGUUACUUCUGUGGGUAAGAGGAGGCUUUACAACAUCCUUACCUUCGCAGCGAGGAAAAACAUCAUUUUACAGUGGAUUAGUGAUAAGGUUCCUUCUAUUAAAGAUUGGCAUUAAAUACUAUUUGAAUGGGUGCCACUGGAAUAUCUGACAUGUACAUUACAUUCUAAAACAGAUCAGUUCUACAAAGUAUGGGAACCUUAUCUAAAUUACCUUAGAAUGGUGGUGAUCUAUGUAUUUCAGAAUUACACGGCACCUUCCAUGUGUGGAACCUAACUUCUUGGUUUAAACUGAGCUUUUUUUGUUUAAUUUCUGUUUGUAUGCUUGUUUAAAAUGUAUGUAUUGAGAGACGCAAUGAUGGGGAUGGGGUGAGAGAAGCGCCGAGAGGGAGAUGGUGUAUGUAUGUAUAUGGGUAUGUAUCUGUGUAUGUAUAUAUAUAUAUGCAGGUAUGUGUAAGUGAGUGCUGUUUUUUUGCUUUGUCUUUGUUGUUGUAGCUCUUAAUAUGAGUGAAAAUUAUGAAAUUCCAAUACAAAAAUACUGUUACAAAAAUAAGCUCCACGUACCGGCUUCCCACAGUUGUGUCAAGUUGGCUGGAUGUCCUUUGGGUGGUGGACCAUUCUUGAUACACACAGGAAACUGUUGAGCGUGAAAAACCCAGCAAUGUUACAGUUCUUGACACACUCAAGAAGCCUGGCACCUUCUACCAUACCCCGUUCAAAGACACUUAAAUCUUUUGUCUCGCCCAUUCACCCUCUGAAUGGCACACACGCACAAACCACGUCUCAAUUGUCUCAAGGCUUAAAAUCCUUAUUUAACCUGUCUCCUCCCCUUCAUCUACACUGAUUGUAGUGGAUUUAACAAGUUGCAUCAACAAGGGAUCAUAGCUUUCACCUGGAUUCACCUGGUCAGUCAAGGAAAGAGCAGGUGUUCAUAAUGUUUUGUACACUCAGUGUACUGAGAUGGAUCGGAAGGGGCAUAUAGAGACAGAGGGUGUGUCGGGAAUAUAUAUUGCUAUUUUCAACCAAAAUCAUAGUCACUGUGUCACGUGUCAAGAUGUGAUGAAAGCACAGUGUGUUCUGAUGACUGUACUGUCAGGCCCCCUUCUGCCUCCCCCUCCAAUCCAUACCUCUAUCCUUAAUGGUGUAUUGUACUGUCAUGCCUCCUUCUGCCUCCACCCUCCAAUCCAUACCUCUAUCCUUAAUGGUGUAUUGUACUGUCAUGCCCCCUUCUGCCUCCACCCUCCAAUCCAUACCUCUAUCCUUAAUGGUGUAUUGUACUGUCAUGCCCCCUUCUGCCUCCCCCUCCAAUCCAUACCUUUAUCCUUAAUGGUGUAUUGUACUGUCAGGCCCCCUUCUGCCUCCCCCACCAAUCCAUACCUCUAUCCUUAAUGGUGUAUUGUACUGUCA